UGCAGCAUUUGCUCCGAUCCCCUUUGGCGGUGUCUACCUCCCGGUGGAGAUUCCCCCAUCCCGGUGUCACCGGACUCCGCUGGUCCUGGCCUAUGACCAGGCUCACUUCUCCGCCCUCGUCUCCACGGAGACGCGGAGACACGGAGACACGGAGACGCGGAGACACGGGGACACAGAGACACGGCCUGGGGCGCAGGACGCGUUGGUGCCGCUGACUGAUGCUCUGCACGAGCUGCUUCCUCUACACUUCGCUGUCGACCCUGGGGACAGCUGGGACGGAGACAUCUCCAGCUGCAGGCUGUCUCUGUCUCUGGAGCAGCGUCUGGAGCUGCUGCACUCCUACAUGGACGUCGUCUGUGUCCCUUACCCUGACGAGGGGCAGGCUACCUCCGAAUCGCCAUCAAAAUCCCUCGACCCAUCACCACCUCCUCAACCUCCUCCUCCUCCCACCACCUCCUGCUCCUCCUCCUCAUCAUCCUCCUCCUCCUCGGCGGACGCCACCGACGCCGUCACCGCCGUCGCCUCCUCCUCCUCCUCCUCGUCACGGCCCAACGCUUCGGCCAGCGUCGGCUCCUCCCCUGCCUCCUCCUCCUCCUCCUCAUCAUCCUCAUCCUCGUCGGCGACAUCCGGCACCACCGACAUUGCCCCUCCUCCUCCUCCUCCUCCUCCUCCGUCGUCGUCGACCAAACCCAGGCCGUCCAAAUCGUCCGGCAAGCGCGGCGUCGGCGCCGCUGACAGGGAGCGGAGCGCCGCCUCCGCCGCCUCCGCCGCCUCCGCCGCCUCCGCCGCCUCCGCCGCCUCCGCCGCCUCCGCCGCCUCCGCCGGCGGAGGCGGCGCCGGUGACUCUGUGGCGUCGAAGCUCGGCCACUUGGGGCGAACCAUCGGCCACCGUCUGCGCCGAAACGUCGGCGGGCUGAUGCACGCCUCCGGCGGCAAGACGGCCGCCGCCGGAGGCGACAACGCCGGGGCCGGUAAGACGGCCGCGGCGAGGAAACGCCGCGGCCACGAGCCACCGCCGCCGGCGGCACCACCGGCGGUGGUGCCGCCGGUGGUGCCGGCGGUGCCCGCCGUGGCCGCCGCCGGUGGUGGUGCCGGCGGCCCCGCCGAGGACGUGCGGCUGAGCCUGGCCAUCCUGCGGGCGUCGGCGCAGGGCGAGCGGAAGUUCCUGCUGGCGGCGUCGCUCUCCGGCGGCGCCAAACACCGCUACCACGACGAGAUGAUCCGCAACUACGUCGCCGACGCCCAGCGGCGCUUCAACGCCGAGGUGCAGGCCCGCCGGGGGGGCCGCGGCCGCGGCCGCGGCCGCGGCCGGCGAGCGGCCGGCGAUGACGGCCGGCGA